AUCACCUUCCUGCAAACACAAUUGUAAAAGGUAUCCCAAGACUAUUCUUCAGGCUGACGGUGAGGCUAAUCAUUUCAGGACAGCGUUAUGAAUGUGGAGCACCAGAUUAGCAUGUCAGUGAUUGAUAAAGAUGGCCUGCAUAACAAGACCAACAAUGCUACAGCGGCUUACACUCCUGCUGGACUGUCCUCUCGUCAUCGUUGCCAUUUUCAUCUCGGGCAUCGGAGGGACAUUUCAGUAUGGAUUUGGAAUUUCUGUCGUGGCGUCUCCUUCCACUUACAUCAAGGAGCUGGUGAACCAAACAUGCAUACGGAGAUACAAUGUCUACAUACAAGAGUGGCAGCUCUCGCUCAUCUGGUCCUUCACUGUGUCCAUUUUUAGCAUUGGGGGCUUGCUGGGCUCGUUACUGGCAGCUCCUUUCCUGGCAAUUGUUGGCAGGAGAAAUUGUCUUUUGUUUAACAAUUUUGUGGCUAUAACGGGAGCUGUGCUGAUGCUCUUGAGCCAAACGGCCACGUCCUUUGAAAUGAUCAUGGUGGGGCGAUUUCUGUCCGGCAUCAAUUCAGGAAUCAGUCUGUCUGCUCACAGCUUGUACCUCACUGAAUGCACCCCAAAGAUGCUGCAAGCGAUGGUGGGCGUGACCAUCGGCACAUUCAUCGGCAUAGGGAAGUUCAGUGGUCAGCUUUUGGGGCUCAGCGAGUUACUUGGCGCAGAGGAUCGAUGGCCCUGGCUGCUCGGCUUCAGUGGCUUCACUGCAAUCUUUCAGCUCGUCACACUCCCGUUUUUGCCGGAAUCUCCCAAAUACCUGCUGCUAAACCGAGUAGACGAGCCGGCGUGCGAGAAAGCUAUGAUGAGGCUUUGGGGAAACAAGGACCACAGCAGGGAGUUGGAGGAGAUGUUGGUGGAGAAAGCUGCCCACCAGAACAUCCAAAGUCACUCUGUGAUGGAGCUGAUUCGGGAAAGAAGCGUUCGCUGGCAGCUGAUGACCAUCAUCGUCACCUUCAUCUCGCUGCAACUUUCAGGCAUCAACGCAGUGUACUUCUAUUCUUAUGAUGUGUUCCGUGCAGCAGGCAUUCACGAAUACCAGCUACGCUAUUCCGCUUUGGGAAUGGGGAUGUGUGAAAUGUUUUCCUAUCUAGUGUGUUUCAUGAUCAUUGACAGGAUAGGAAAGAAAUUGCUCCUCUUCGCAGGAUACGUAGUUGUGGCUAUUACCUUAGUGCUCCUUACCAUUACUAUCUAUCUGCAGCAUCAAAUCUUCUGGGUAUCGUACUGCAGCAUGGUCCUCAUUUUCACCUUCCUCUUCUGUUUUUGUCUGGGGCCAGGCGGAGUAAUUGUUCCCCUUCCGGGUCAAAUUUUCACUCAGGCUUUCAAAGCGAGUGCAAUCACUGUCAGCUGGACCUUGAAUUGGACCGGCAUGUUUGUGGUGGGGAUGAUCUUCCCCAUCUUAGUGGAGCACCUCGAUUCCUUCUGCUUUGUCGUAUUCCUGUUGGUGUGCUUGGUCUCUGCGCUGUUUGUGUACUUCAAUGUGCCCGAGAUGAGCAAUAAAACAGCGUUGGAGAUCGCUGCUGACUUCGACCGGAUGCACAGCAAGUCUGGAAGGUCGAAGGGGGAAAAAACAGAUGAGCAGUCAUGUGAUGUCUUUAAAAGAUAUGAAACCAAAUUUUAGCUUUACUGGUCAAGUUUAAUUGCAAAAUUCAAAUCUCAAACAAGAAGACAAU